CCUGGAAACGCAGAACUCACUCUGCCCAGCGAAAAGCGCCACGUGCUCAUGUUGGAGGGAGUAAUUAAGGUGUUAGUUCUGCAAUCGAGCUGAUGAUUUAACCAAUUGUCACCUUUUGCCUGUUUUCCCACCCAAGUCGACAAUUGAGCGCUUCGUGUCCUCAAUCGACAAACCCAAGCUUCUCAACCACCAAACCACCAAACCACCAAAUCAAGCUCCAUACAUUCGCAACAAUGUCGAGCUCAGUCAUGGACAACCUCGACAGCGUCACCUUUGUCUCGCUCGCCGCGGUCAUCAUGAUCCUCAACAGCGCCUACCUCCUCUCCCUGCGUGCCCUCUCCCCUCACACCCCCACCGGUCUGCGCGUGCUCUUCGUCUGGCACGCGUUCGACUUCCUCAUCCACCUCAUCUUCGAAGGAUCCUUUCUCUACAACUGUUUCUUCACCUCGAGCCCCUACGACGCCGCCGUGCACUCGCCCGCGCUCAUCACCAACUUCCUCUCCGCGCCCGACCGCCUGUACGGGGCCGCCUACGGCGACAACUGGGCCACCAAGCUGUGGAUGGUGUACGCGCAGGCCGACAAGCGCUGGGCCGGCGCCGACAUCACCGUCGUGAGCCUGGAGCUGCUGACGGUGCUGGGCGGCGGCCCGCUGGCCUUCUACAUCUGCACGGGCAUUGCGCGGAGGGAUUACCGCGUCGCUUUCUGGAUGGUCGUGCUUGCUACGGCUGAGCUGUAUGGAGGUUUCAUGACUUUUGCGCCGGAGUGGUUAACUGGCAACCAGAAUCUUGAUACGAGUAACUUUAUGUUUAAAUGGGUGUAUUUGGUCUUCUUUAAUAUGCUCUGGGUCGUGCUCCCUCUGUACGCCUUGUGGUACAGUUUCCGGGAUAUCAGUAAUGCCUUCGCGGUCCGGAAUGGCGUUAUGAAGGCUAGACUGCGCAUGGAGGAGGAGGCGAAGGAGGCGAAGAAGGCUUAG